GUUCAGGUUUUGUAAAGAGCAAUAAAGGAUAACUCGGAGAAUUGUCUUACCAGUCAAAUAAUUACGGAAUUUUCCGGAUUUUUCCUGCAGCUGCGCAACUUCUGAAGGAAAACAACAACAACGAUAGUUCCAAAGAAUGGAUGACGACUCAGGAAAUCGAAAGGACCAAGUCCUAGAGAGAUUAAAUAAGCGUAACAAGGACCGACAAAACUAUUUGGAUGUGAAAUCGGAGCAGCGAUCCAAGGAGUCUGUGCAGAACGAGGGCGUGGACUAUUUUGCUCAAGCCUUUGGACAACGUGCUUUUGAUAUUGAACAGCGAUUAAAGAAACUGCAAUCCAGCAGCGGAGACGCCCCACCCACAGACUUGAGCCAGAACUUUGCGGACAUUACCCUGCAGAUACAGGAAUUACAGAGAUAUCUCACAGCUUCCACAAUGUUCUUGUCGGACUUUAAGAUCAAGUCCUGUCAGAAUAUCCUCAAUACUCUAACCUCAACCAAUGAAGAGGUACGCCAGCGCCUGAUGCCCAAGAAAAAGUUCGGGUUUAGUGGCAAGAAAACAGCUCCCAAACAGAAACCCGCUGCUGACAUAGACUCCGUUGAUUCCAAGGCACCAAAAAGUCAACAGAAACUAGGUUCCAACUUUAGCUGGACUGUAUCGAACCGAAAAAACGAACACAUUGUCCUUAAAAGCGGCCAAGUCAAUGGCCAGGAUAUAACAAUAUCCAAUGUUAGUCAUUGUUUGCUGGAACUGCAAGGGCAUCCGGGAUCCGUUCAGGUCUCCAAGGCAUCAAACUGCACCCUGCUUUGUGGGCCCAUCGCUCGAUCCUUCUUCGCUGAGAAUAUGGAUAAAUGCACUAUUGCCAUAGCUUGUCAGCAGUUGAGAUUGCACUCCUCUCAGUUGACAAGGAUAUACCUGCAUGUUACGUGUCGGGCGAUUGUUGAAGAUUGCCAAGGCAUCGAAAUCGGUGAAUACAAUUAUGAUUAUCCCGAAAUAGAGUCUGACUAUUUGUCCUCCGGGUUGAACAAAUCGCAAAAUAACUACACAGAUGUGGCUGAUUUUAAUUGGCUCUCGCCAGAUGUUCCUUCUCCCAACUGGAGUUUGUUAAAGGACUAUCCGGAUCCCAAUUGGAACGCAUUCCGUCGGGAUUUCAUCAGCAACAACAAUAACAAUGAACAUAAAGAGGAUCACUUGGGAGUCAAGGAUCCUUCGAUUAUCUAGUGGCGGCAUCGGCGGCAGCAGUUAGCCUGGCUGGCCUACGGACUCAUCCUGGGCUGGCUUCUCUGGGAACUGCUGCUGCCUCCAAAAACUGGGAACUUAAAUACCCUAAUGCGAUCUGUGUAAAUAGCUCUAAGAGUGUUGAAUAAAUGAAUCUUGUAAACAAAA